AUGAGCACUGUGAAUAAGAAGCCUGCGUCUUUGAAGUAUAAGAUAGGCAAAGUGAAACAGAUACCCACUGUUGUUAAAGAUGAUAAGACUGGUUUGGAGUACAUUCAGGUUCAAAGCAGAGAAAAUGAAAAGGUGUACGGUGUUACUAAGUUUCUGAACAACUAUCGUGAGGAAGAAAAAUUAGGGCAAGGUACUUUCGGUGAAGUCUUUAAAGGGAUUCAUUUAGGCACAAAUAGAAAGGUUGCUAUUAAACGUAUUUUAGUACGAGCAGAAAAGGAUUUGUUUCCAAUAACAGCUCAGAGGGAAAUUACCAUUUUGAAGCGCAUGAAUCAUAAAAAUAUCGUAAAGUUGAUUGAGAUUGUCUACGACGAGUCACCAACUCCUAAGACAGAUAGUACGUCUCCUCGACCUGUUGGGAACUAUCAUGGAAACAACACGGCAAAUCAGCAGAAGCUCAUAACAGGUAAACACUUUUUCAUGAUAUUACCAUACAUGGUUUCCGAUCUAACAGGGUUGUUACAUAACCCCAGAGUGGAGUUCGGCAUGGCUGAUGUUAAAAACAUCAUGCUACAGCUGUUGGAAGGUAUUAACUAUAUUCACUGCAAUAAAUUUUUGCAUCGUGAUAUUAAGACAGCCAAUAUCCUUAUAGAUCAUAAAGGUGUCGUAAAAAUUGCAGAUUUUGGUCUAGCAAGAAACUAUUAUGGUUCUCCGCCAAAUCUUAAAUAUCCUGGUGGUGCUGGAUCAGGUGCUAAAUACACCUCGGUCGUUGUUACACGUUGGUACAGAGCUCCUGAAAUUGUAUUGGGUGAUAGACAUUACACUACGGCAGUUGAUAUUUGGGGGAUUGGUUGUGUAUUUGCUGAGUUCUUUGAGAAAAAACCAAUCCUUCAGGGUCAAACAGAUAUUGAUCAAGGACAUGUCAUCUUCAAACUCAUGGGAACACCAUCGAUGGAUGAAUGGGGAUUAGCUUACCAUUUACCUGGAUCCGAGUUGACAAAAACAAACUAUAAAAGUACGUUGCAAGAAAGAUUUUCGAAAGCGUUGAACGAGACAGGUUUGGAUCUUCUCUCUAAAUUACUAGCUCUAGAUCCAUACAAGCGUGUAACUGCCAUGAAGGCUAAAAAACACCCUUUCUUCUUCGAAGAACCGUUGCCAAAUGCACAGCUAACUUUGCCUAACGAAGAAUGCCACGAAUCCGAUAUUAAAAGAUACAAAAGUGAGAUGAACGAAUCUAUGUCUCAAAGACCGCCAUCUGCCCCAACAGGACAUACAUCGACUGAUAAUUCCAUAAGAGCUGUGACAGGUGCUGCAUUUCCAAAAGAGGCUUCAAUACCAAAGGCUCCUAGACCAGAACACAUAAAAUCAACCAUUCCAGCGCAACCCUCCGCCUCACGGUACAAUGGUGCAGCAACUCAGAACAUCCCCAAAGAACCUAUUCCGACUGCGCCUCUUCCAAAAGGUCCUAAAAACAGUAUACCGACUGGACCAAAUAAAUUACCACCGAAUCCUCGUGAUUCAUAUGCAUCGAAAUAUCCGGCUGAAUCAAGGUUCGGUGUGAAUACAAGAAUUACUACCGAGUCGUAUAAUGCCGGGAAACGUUACCGUAAUAGAGGAGGAUGGGAAACUGGUAGAGACAGUCUAAAUUAUAAUAACAAUUAUGCUCCACCUGCUGAUCGUUCGCAUCAUCCUACUAUACAACGUCCUUCUGCUCCUAGAGGAGGAUCCUAUCCUAACAGAUAUCAAAAUCAGGACUACAAUACCUCUAGAAAUACAGGGUAUAAUCAAUACAGCCAAGCUGGUGAUCGGAGAAGUUACAGACCGGGAGCUUCUGAAAAUCCAGGGACCAUUGGCCAUGGUAGCUCACAAUCUACGCAAAAAGAUUCCAAGUCAUCGCAUUCCAACAAUGUCAAACCAAAAGACGUUGCAGACUACUAUUGA